AUGACCUCCCACCCACGAUCACACCGUGAUAUCAUACCUACCAUACCUGACGUUUCAAUUGAAAUCACGACCACAGCAUCCUCGAAAAGCCCUCAAUCAAGACAGAUCAUCGACGCGGCGAAAGCAGGGACGAAAAAUAAUCAGGGGGUUUCAGCCUUGCGCAGACCACGGCUCAGGACACCCACAGAAGAGGCCGAGGGACCGACAAUUGAUUGCAGGGCUGCUGUGCUGUCGUGUUUGGCUGGGCGCGAACGAGCGGACGGACGACCAGCAAUUAACCAACAAACGAACGAACGAACGAACGAACGAACGAACGAACGAACGAACGGGCGAUCGCGCGGCGUUACAACAUCCAACCUCAUCUCUUUCUCACCACCCAUAAUCAUCAAUCCGCUUCUCGCUCUCCCCGACCUCGAGUUUCCUCUCUCCGGGAUCGCCCUCUUCGAAAUUCCCUCCGUCGUCUCCGACACCACCGCGAAAAUGGGCGCCCAGAUCUCCAAAGUGAUGGGCAAGAUCUUCGGAUCCAAAGAGAUGCGCCUCCUGAUGCUGGGGCUCGACGCCGCCGGCAAAACGACCAUCCUCUAUAAGCUGAAGCUCAACCAAGAUGUGACAACGAUUCCCACGGUCGGCUUCAACGUUGAGACGGUCACUUACAAGAAUGUGAAGUUCAAUGUUUGGGAUGUGGGUGGACAGGACAAGAUUAGGCCGUUGUGGAGGCAUUAUUUCAGUGGCACCCAAGGACUGAUCUUCGUUAUCGACUCCUCGGAUAAGUCACGGAUAGAGGAAGCAAGACAGGAAUUGCACCGCAUCAUUAACGACCGAGAAAUGAAGGAAUCGUUACUGCUGGUAUUCGCCAACAAGCAGGAUAUUGCGGGAGCGGGGGCCAGGUUGCGCUCCAUGGCUACGGGCUUCCGCUUCUCGCGGUUGAUCAUUCACGGGUGCGUGGACGAGGGGUGGUGGUUCCCGGAGGGGUGCGAGAAAUCGCGGGCUUGGCGGAGGGAAGCACACGGAUACGAUGCUUGUAAUAGUAGGUAUGCACGUCGCGGGUCUACGAGGAGAGAGCUGGAGAUUAAUGCCCCCGACGACGCACCCCUGCGCCUCUGCUCUCUCCUCUCUGGUUGCGGCCCACGCGUUCCCCUGGUCACGCAUGCACUGGUCAUGGUGGUCUCAGCCCCGGGUCACGGAUCUGGUGCUCUUACGAUGGAUGGCUGGGAAUGCAAUGCAUUUCAUCACUGGGGUAUCUCUCCGUCUCGAUCUCUCCUGCAAGCUAGCUCGUGUUGUCCCGGUCCCGUCUCUCUGUGCACCACUCGCCCAUCGACCGAUUCGAUGGUCACCCCCCGCCAGUCCCGCGAAUGCACGCCUCCUGCCUGA